UUUAUAAAAAAUAGUUUUAAAAUAAAAAUUAGUUUCUAUGAUAUACCUUUUUUGAAAGUAAUCAAAUUAUAUUGUAAAAUUGUUCAUAUCAUUAAAAUAAUGUAAAUAUUUAAUUAAUUGUACUCUUGCUAAGAUAUCUUCUCGUGUAUACAUGCUGUAUAAUUUUUAUACAUUAUAUAUACAUAUAUAUUAUAUUGUACUUAUACUUUAUAUAUAUACUGUACAUUAUAUUGAGUUUAUGCUCGUUAAUCAAGAAGUAUUUUUACGUUAUUGUUUUUACGGAAAUUGUCAUGCGUACGAUGUACUAAAUAUAUUUUUACACAUGUCAUCUUAUCAUCGACUCAGACUGAUCAGCUGUUAAAUGUAGAUUUGUCGGCGCAUAAUACCAUAUCAUGCAAAGGCAUAGAAUCGGAUUGGCUACAUCCAAAUUUAUAUCAAAUAUCGGAUUCAGAUGAUCACUUAAUGUGGUUUAUACAGAUAACAGAUAUACAUAUAAGCAUAUUUCAAGAUCCUAGAAGAAUAUUAGAAUUACAAGAAUUUUGUAAUGUAACAGUAACAACUAUUAUGCCUUCAGUUGUCCUUGCAUCAGGUGAUUUAACUGAUGCAAAGAGUAAAGAUAAAAUGGGUUCCAAUCAAAUAUUACAAGAAUGGAAAUAUUAUAAAAACAUAUUAGAAAGUACUAAUAUUAAAGAGAAAACAUUAUGGCUUGACGUUAGAGGAAAUCAUGAUAAUUUCAAUGUUUUAAGUCUCGAAUCGAAAAAUAAUUAUUAUUCAAAUUAUUCUAUCCAAGGGAAAAAAUAUCCAAGAUCUUACAUGUAUAAAAUAAAUGUCGGAUCUGAAACGUAUUCAUUUAUUGCCAUAGAUGCUUGUUUAAAACCUGGACCAAAAAGACCAUUCAAUUUUGUUGGUGUUUUGGAUAAUAAUGAAUUAAAGAAGAUUGAAGAAUUAGUUAAUAUAUCUAAUAACAAUAAUGCAGAUUAUAUCAUUUGGUUUGGACAUUAUCCAACGUCCUGUAUAUUAUCACAAUCUAAAACGAAUAUUAGAAAUAUUAUAGGUAAAUAUAAAGAAAGUAUGGUGUAUUUAUGUGGUCAUUACCAUACUCUCGGUGGUACUGUUCCAUACAUGUAUACAAAACAACAAGCGGGAUUUCUUGAAUUAGAAUUGGCAGAUUGGAAAGAUAAUAGAAUGUAUCGACUUGCAGCAAUAGAUCAUGGACAGUUCUCAUUUAUUGAUAUAAAACAUCAGGAUUGGCCUGUUGCAUUAAUUACCAAUCCAAAACAUGCACUUUAUAUGAUGCCUCGUAAAGAAAAUAUUCAUUCUAUUAUUAAAUCUACUCACAUAAGGGUAUUAGCAUUUUCAACAGCAUUAAUAAAAAGUGUCCAAGUACAAUUGGAUAAUGGGCCCUGGUUACAAUGUAAAAACAUAAAAGGAUCACUCUAUGCUGUCAAAUGGAAUCCUUUGGAAUAUAUCAAUGGAAUUCAUUAUAUUCAAGUUCGCGUAGUGGAUGAAGAAGAUAGAGACAAAAUAAUAAAACAGCCAUUUUCACUUGAUGGAUCAAGAUUAUCAUUUGGUUUUUUACCUAGAUUGAUUCUUAUGUCCAAUGUUAGUCAUAUUUUUCAGUUCUUAUUUGGAAGUGUACUUAUAUUAAUAGUAGUACCAUUGUGCGUAUUUCGUUGUCUUCAUAUACUUUGUGAAGCAAAACGUAUGUCACGUCCAAGGAUACGUGUAAGGUUCAUCCAUUGGUGGAUUAGAAAAUUAUGGAUAUUAUCUACCAUCGAUCGUUUAUUUUUUCCUCUAGUUCUUUACGCAUUAUAUUUAACUGUUGGUCCAUGGACUAUCGGUGAAGUGAUUGAAAAUCAUAUUGGAAUAAUAUUUGCUUGGGGUACAUACGUUGAUAAUUCAUUUUUACCUGGAGCUUUUACUUAUGCAUAUGGAUUCUUUCAAUUAUUUUCUUUUCAUUUACCAUUAAUGUUAAUUUUGGCACAUCAAGCUGAUAAAAGAUUACAAAACACGGAUGGAACUUAUAAAAGAUCAUCUAAAAUUUGUUUAUUAUGGCAAAAUUUACCAUUAAUAUUAUUAGUUAUAAUGCAAAUAAAUAUGGCGUACUUUUUCUGGUUGGCUUAUGGAACAAUUGCAACUAUUUUGUGUCCUUUACGUACUUGGAGUAUUUUCUUAGCAUUAUAUUUGUGGCAUCAGGUCAAUACGAUGCCACAAGCAUGCUUCAGACCAGCAUUAUCGAUAUGGUCUAGCGUUGCUUGACUUGUACAAACAAAUUUUCAUUAAAUGUAAGUAUAGAAAAUUAUCGACCGAAUGAAACGAAUUUAUCAUUUACAACAUCAAUCAUUACAAUUUACAAUUUGAAUUAUUAUUUACUAUAAGGACUAAUGAACAUUGUGUUCACGCAAUAUAAGAUUUUUAGUAUUUAUUUAGAAAAACAAUAUACAAAUGAUAAACGUUAACGUUUGUAUUUCAACUGUUAAUAACUUUGUCUGUGUGGGAUUAAUGAAAAUCCUUUUAAUUACUUGU